AGCUUUCACUGCUUGUUGAAGGGCUGUCAACACAAUGGGACGCCUGUCUCUGCUCCUGGUUGUCACUCUCUCCCUACUCACCUGCCAGGUUUUCUGCUCCGGAGUAUUUGAGCUGAAGCUGCAGGAGUUUCUCAACAAGAAAGGGAUCACGGGGAACGCCAACUGCUGCCCCGGAGGCUCCGCUCAUCCACAGGGCCACCAGCAGUGUGAAUGCAAGACUUUCUUUCGGAUCUGUCUGAAGCAUUACCAGGCCAACGUCUCCCCCGAGCCUCCCUGCACCUAUGGCGGGGCUGUGACUCCCGUCCUCGGCUCCAACUCCUUCCAGGUGCCGGAGACCAAUGCGGACAGCUUCACCAACCCAGUCCGCUUUCCCUUCGGUUUCACAUGGCCGGGGACGUUUUCACUGAUCAUUGAAGCUCUGCACACUGACUCCCUGGACGACCUGACAACAGACAACCCAGAGCAUCUGAUCAGCAGGAUCACCACUCAGCGUCACCUCACUGUGGGAGAAGAAUGGUCCAAGGACAUGCAGACAGCCAGCAGGACGGAGCUGCGUUACUCUUAUCGCUUCCUGUGUGAUGAGCACUACUAUGGCGACGGCUGCUCUGUCUUCUGUCGGCCACGAGACGAUGCCUUCGGGCACUUUACCUGUGGUGAGCGUGGAGAGAUCAUCUGCAACUCUGGCUGGAAGGGACAGUACUGCACUGAACCAAUCUGUCUUCCUGGCUGUGAUGAAAAACAUGGUUUCUGUGAUAAACCAGGAGAGUGCAAGUGUCGUGUGGGCUUCAGUGGGCGUUACUGUGAUGACUGUAUCCGUUACCCGGGCUGCCUCCAUGGCACCUGCCAACAGCCGUGGCAAUGUAACUGCCAGGAGGGAUGGGGCGGGCUCUUCUGCAACCAGGAUCUGAACUACUGCACGCACCAUAAGCCCUGCCUUAAUGGAGCCACCUGUACCAACACUGGCCAGGGCAGCUACACUUGCUCCUGUCUACCUGGAUACACAGGUGCCAGCUGCGAGGUUCAGGUCAACGAAUGUUCUGGAAACCCCUGUCGUAACGGAGGCAGCUGCACUGAUAAUGACAAUGGCUACAAAUGCACCUGCCCACCUGGUUUCUACGGCAACAACUGUGAGUUGAACGCCAACACCUGUGCAGAUGGGCCUUGCUUCAAUGGCGGACGCUGUGUCGAUAACCCUGAAGGUGGCUACUUCUGUCAGUGCCCAGUGGGAUACGCUGGCUUCAACUGCGAGAAGAAAAUUGACCACUGCUCCUCCAAUCCCUGUUUAAAUGAUGCAGAAUGUGUGGAUCUGGUGAACUCCUACCUCUGUCAGUGUCCUGAGGGAUUUUCUGGUCCUAACUGUGAGGACAGCAGCAGUAUUUCUGGAUACUGUCUGUCCUUCCCAUGUCAGAAUGGAGGGACGUGUCAGGAGGGAUUGAAUGGCUACACCUGUAACUGCCCUCCAGGCUAUACCGGCAAAAACUGCAGCUCCCCCAUCUCCCGCUGCUAUCACAACCCCUGCCACAAUGGAGCCACCUGCCACGAGCGUGGCGGCCGUUACGUGUGCGCCUGUGUGCCUGGCUAUGGCGGUCACAACUGCCAGUUCCUCUUACCAGAGGUUCCCAGGCGUCAGCCGGUGGUGGAUGGGCCGGAUCAUGACGAGGGUGACGAUAGCGGAUUCCCAUGGACAGCCGUGUGUGCCGGUAUCUUCCUCGUUCUUGUGAUCCUGAUCGGCUGCUCAGUGCUGGUGGUCUACAUCCGGGUCAAAUUACAAGAGCGGCAAAGUCACCAGAGUGACAGUGUCCACAGUGACAGCCAGGAGACCAUGAACAACCUGACGACCACCAACAAUUGUCUCCGCAGUGACAAGGAACUCGGCGCGAUGAUGACAACGUCAAUCAAAAACACCAACAAGAAGGCAGAUUACCAUUCAGAUCUCGCUGGGUCACUGGGUGGUCUUAGUGGAAUCAGCGGGCUCAACGGAUCAGAGAAGAACGGCUUUAAGACUCGCUAUCCCAGUGUGGAGUACAACCUGGUCCACGAGCUUCGGCCUGAGGAGAUGUUGCUGUGUAAAGAAGAGGAGCACGAUGAGCCAGAGGUCAAAUGUGAAAUGCUGGAUGAGUUUGACUCAGAGGAAACAUACAGGAAGAGACAAAACAGUGAUGCAUCAGAAAAGAAACAUGUGGAAGAGUCGCCAAGCUGCAGCGAAGCAAAGUAUCAGUCAUCCAGCAAUCUCAACUAUCACGCCACAAGUGAUCUUAAAUACCAGUCAACCAGUGACAUCAAAUACCAGUCAACCAGUGAUGUUGAAUACCAAUGUCCCAGUGACAGCAGGUACCAGUGUACCACCGACACCAAAUACCAGUCCGUUUACGUCAUAUCGGACCAGAAAGAUGAAUGUAUCAUCGCCACAGAGGUAUGAUACCAGUGCUGACGACUGAUCGGAUCAGUUUCCUCUGGUUGAUGGUGGUCCACACACAC